UACGGAUAAUAAUUCAGCCAUAGCUGUUCUGAAAUGUUUAUUGCUUGCCAACAUUUUACUCCCUCCUCUAUGUCAGCCCAACACACAUACAUUAAUGAUUCAUUUCGGUUGCCUAUCCGAAGUUUGAAGUUUGUUCUUUGGAAAGUAUUUGACUCUGGUGGGUGUCACAUAAAGUUUUUGACUCUAGCCACAAAAUUAAAACAGAAAUUAUUUGACUCUAGCCACAAAAUUAAAACAGAAAUUAUUUGACUCUAGCCACAAAAUUAAGGAAAUUAGAAGGGGGGAUUUUCAACACAACACCGCCAACGUUUAUUUUGUUUGAGACACGUGGUCCUGUAGCCUGCUUUACCACUGGGCUCAUGAAUCAAUGUGGAUUCGUGUUUAUUGACAUAAAAAGCCAUUACGGAAUCUCGAAAGUAACUCGAAAUACAAUAUCAUGCUCAUUCACUUAGCCUCCAGUAAAUCAACACAUUCUGUCCAGAGGUAUUACCCACGCUGGGACAUCCUGUACAGCUCUGCGCAAAAUCUAGUGACAGACAGACAUCCCCCCUCACUCCUGCCCUCUGUCCCAAGUUCUGUCUGGUGUCCGGUCCCGCGCACCCAGGCAGCUGUUGAAGGCGGCUGCGGUUCGAGCGAGAUGCCAGCCUACGGUAGACUGUACGCACGGCAUACACUUCUAGUUCCACUGUCCCGAGUCCCGGUAGUAGUAAACCCCGCCCAUCCAAAGCGGGACCGCAAUGAUUUAGAAGUUCAGGAAUCCCACGUGACGUCAUCUUAGGGGUGAUGUAAUGCUUCUGUAAAUAGAAUGUAUUGUAAUCCUGCCUCAGUCCAACGUGGUUCCUCUCAACUCAGUGCCGCUUGUCCGCUCCACUUGUUAGGUUUGUAAUGGAGAUGAAUGAUGAACAGGACCGGCCCUAUGGAUGCAGCACUCCUGGCUGCUCACAGCGGUUCCAAACAGAAGACCACCUGAUGAUCCACAGACACAAGCAUGAGAUGACCCUCAAGUUCUCCUCCAUCAAGACUGAUCCCCUCGCAGACCAGACUCCAACGCCGACCCGUUUCCUGCGUAACUGUGAGGAGGUGGGUCUCUUCAAUGAGAUCGAACAGGAGUUCUGCCAGGCACAGGAGGAGCAGAACAACAAACAGACUCAGAAUCUCCCUCAGAAUGGAUCAUCAUGUGCCAGUCAGCCCCAGGCACAGCCCCACUCCCAACACCAACCACCGCCCCAUGGUGGUAUGAGGGGUCUAAGCUGCAACAUGGCUGGAGAAGCACUGCCCUCUGCCCAGUCCAACUCAGUCAUCACCCAGGCCCCCUCCAUGCUCACACACUCGGGACCAGUCCCUGGGCCCCUCUCCUCCCUACUGCACCUGAGGAACAACAGACAGAGACAGCCCCUGGCUGCCUCUAUGCCUGGCACUCUGCCAGACCCAGACAUGCAGGGAGCAUCUGCCCAGCACAUGUCUAUGGAAAGACAGAUGUCUAUGGGAUCCAGUAUGAUGAGCAUCCAAGGUCCCCUCCACAACACUUCCUGCUCUUCACCUCAGAGGGCUAAAACUAUGGGUCACCCCCACCAACACCAUCACCAACACCAACACCCCGGAGCUGUCGCCAACAGCAACAUGGAUCCCACCAUAGGUCACAUGAUGGAGAUGAUGUCACCACGGCAACGACACACUCACCUGCAGCAGCAGCAGCCUCAUCAGCACCUGCAGCAGGCUCUGCCCAUCUCCUACCAGCAGCACUGCCACGCCUCUCCACAUCACCUGGGAAGUGCCCACAGUCAGGGGCACCAAUCAGGGAAUGUGCUGCAUCAUCAGGUUCACCAAUCACCUCCCUCGCACCUGCAGGCCAGCCACACCCACCAAACCUCCCCUCACCUGCCCCUCCACUCCAUAAGUCUUCAGUCAUCCCAGCAGACACAUUCCCUGCAUGCAGGCCAGGCGGCUGGAGGACGUCGCAGGAGGUCUGUGGACCAGGACCCAGACGAGCGCAGGCAGAAGUUCCUGGAACGCAACAGAGCUGCGGCCACGCGAUGCAGACAGAAGAGGAAGGUCUGGGUGUCUGCUCUGGAGAAGAAGGCAGAGGAGCUGACGCACAACAACAUGCAGCUGCAGAAUGAGGUGACCAGUCUGAGGUCAGAGGUUGGUCAGCUGAAGCAGAUCCUGCUGACCCAUAAAGACUGUCUGGUUACCGCCCGCCAGAGAGAAUCACAGGGGUACCUCAGUCCAGGGAGUUCGACAGGAAGUCCAUCCCCCCUGUGUCCCGGGUUGCAGCGGCAGGCCAUCCAAUCCAACAGCAUCUCCACCUCCUCAGCCUCCUCAGAUUAAAAAUGAAAGCAUGGAUGGCUGAAUUUCAUUAGUUCACAAGAGUUGGAUCCAGGGUUGCCCAUGCACACACAGGGUUUAAUCCCUGGUUCCAAGGGGUUGAAUCAGUUCUAGAAUCAGCUCACCCUUCCCAUAAUCAUUGGUGGUUGUAUCUCAGUAGUCUGAAUUGCUCCCUCUCCUGCUCUCCUAGCCUCAAUGGACACAGGUAUGACAGAACUGGACUGACUGGCCUCUACAAGCCUUGAGUCUCUGCUACCGUUGCACAUUUACAGUGACUUUCCCGAAAUUCCAGAAAUCCCGGUUGGACGAUUCCCGGAUUUCCUGCUUAUUGCCUCCUGAUUUCCGUAAAACCUGUGAAUUUUGGUGAAGUUACAGAAUUGUUGCAACCCCAGUCUAUGUCUCUCCAACACUGUGAUGAUAGUCACAUGUAAAUUGGAUCAUAUUGUGUCUUUGGGAAUCUCAGUCAAUCUAUGUGUCUCUGUUAGUGUGAAAUCAGAAAUCCAAAUACUGCUCUAGGACUGUUCCAACCUGGGCUGUGUGUGCAAACAUACCUGUUAUUAUGUCCUUUAGCUUAAAGUAGUGACUGCAUACAGUUUUAUUAAUGGUCCCACAUGGGAGUCAACCCCACAACCCUGGCAUUGAAAGCACCAUGCUGUACCAACUGAGCCACACGGGACUUCAUCGCGUCACCUUUUUCUCAGAAUGUGACAUGGUUCGGUCUUGGUUAGGUCUUGGUUAGGUUUUGGUUAGGCCUUGGUUAGGUCUUGGUUAGGUCUUGGUUAGGUUUUGGUUAGGCCUUGGUUAGGUUUUGGUUAGGACAUGGUUAGGUCUUGGUUAGGUCUUGGUUAGGUUUUGGUUAGGACAUGGUUAGGUCUUGUAACUUACGCCACCACCAGAACCAGACCAUGAAAAACUCUCGGGCUUAAAACUAGCCUGUAACUAUGGCCCAGAGUUGUGUGUAUGCUACAGUAUGUGUGUGUGGUUGCAUAUGCAACCCAGGUCUCUCUGAAAUGCAGAACGUGAAUGAAAAAUAAUACAAAUGUACAUUUUAUGCAAAUCUAUAUCAAGACCUGUGAACAGAGUGUCCUUGUUUUGUAAUGAUGUAAUGCAGAGCCUCCUUGUAAUGAUGUAAUACAGAGCCUCCUUGUAAUGAUGUAAUGCAGAACCUCCUUGUAAUUAUGUAAUGCAGAGCCUCCUUGUAACGAUGUAAUGCAGAGCCUCCUUGUAAUGAUGUAAUUCAGAGCCUCCUUGUAAUGAUGUAAUGCAGAGCCUCCUUGUAAUGAUGUAAUGAAGAGCCUCCUUGUAACUAUGUAAUGCAGAGUAUAAUGUUUGGUACCUGAUUGCAUGUCACCUGACCAGGAUAACCCCUGACCCUUUGUGUAACUCCUGAAAAGCACUUACUAGUUUCCUACAGGGUAUUUAUCAUGUUAACUAGGCUCACGCAGUGCAUCGCCCUAUAACCAGUAUCUAUGUAUCUUCCUGUAUUGUGAUUGUGUUAUGUUAAAUUUUUUUAUUUUUUUAUUAUUUUUUUACAUAUAUUGACAAUUGCUACAAACUGAAAAUAAAAGCACUUAUU